UGGGUAGGCAUAGAGCCCAACGAGAAACACCUGACCGAUAUAUUAAAAAUUGGUUCAUUAUUCGUCUUUUGUAUAUUUAUUAUAUAUAGAGAAUUAUUAAAGGAGUCUAAAUCUUUGAUUACUGUUAUUGAUUAACGGGUUUUCAUCUAUUUUUUCCACAUAUUUUAGUUUUUAUUACUUGAAAUUAAAGUAAUACAGACACUUUUCAUUUAUUUGGUCAAAUAAUUCUCAUCGUUGUUUAUUAUUAAAAUUUGUUAUAUUAUUUUUGUAUAACAAGGCUCAUUACCUAUCACCGUACCAUCACUUCAAGAAUACCUUCUCAAGAUGGAUGUAAUCGGGGCAGCUGAAGUCUAAAAAUGAAUAACAACCACAGCAAUAAUACUAUUCCCACUAAUAGUAUUAACGAAAGACUCGAACGCGACACCAGCAUCGUCACUGAGUACAGUUUAAUUAACGAGUCCCUGCUGAGUAAAAACAUAGAUCUGUCACUACUAUCAAAGGAUCAUCUACUCUUAUUGCUGAACUUCAUUAACACAAUCUCCAAGGAGACACUCCCUGUAAAAUGUAUACUACUAACGCUGAAAACGAUACUCAAGAGUGUAAAAUGUGAGCUGGUUGAAAUAUGCCACGUGGAAGACUCCAAUCUCAUCAUAAAUUACAUGAUGAAGGAGGGGAUGCUACACAAAAAGGAGAUGAAUUACACUCCAGCUGGCGCUUUCAACAUAGCUCUUAACACUGGAUUAAUGUUAAAAAUCGAUAAUUGCUCUAACGAUCCUAGAUUCCAACCCGAAUAUGAUCAGCACACCGACGUACAAGCCAAUAAUAUCAUUCUGAUACCCCUCAACGACAUAUACCAGAAUAUUUGGGGCAUACUAUCAAUAACUAAUAUAGUUACUGAAAGUAAUCCAGAACUUGCUGAACUUGGCGAGGUGAUCACUGCUGAAAAUGGCUUGGACGAUCAUCCUCAAAACGGUUGUAAAAUAUUAGAUUUUAGUUAUAAUGGUUCAGUUUCAGUUAACUCCGAUUUGGAGUCGGGUCCUCCUGAGAUAAUAAUGGACGAGAAUUUAGUGUAUAUUUAUGAGCUUUGUUACAUUAGCGGCAUAUUCAUCAAUAACAUAAUAAAGAAGCUGGAGUUGGAGAUAAGUCGUGACAAGACCAACAGUUUAUUGACACUGAUGCACUCACUGUUCUCAGAUCAGCUUGGCAUUCAGAGCUGCAUUAUUGCUCUAACUACUCACGCUAAGAAGCUGAUCCAAGCUGAAAAUUGCACUGUGUAUCUUGUCGACAAGAUCCACAACCAAGUUUAUUCCAUAUCGUCAAACACUUCUGAGCAGAUCGUAAAGUCACUGAAUGACACUAACAUCUUGUCGCUCUGUGUCAACACUACCAACAUAAUAAUUUACGACAACUCCUCAUACUCCUGCAACAACGCUUCGAAUAACAUGUACGCUAAUAACAAAAACAAUAUAAUAAUAAUAAACAACGGCGACGGCGUCAAAAUCUACAACUGUGGCCAGCAGAUGGAUAGCGCGAGUCUCAAGAAUCUGUAUUCAGAUCUCGGAAAAAGUGUGUACUCCGAGCAGCUUUUGGACCCGGAUAGUUUCCAGGUCCUGAUUGAGGACUACACGAGCAUCCGCAACGGCAUUUGGAUCCCCAUCAAGAACGACAACAACAAGGUGCUGGCCAUCAUUGAGGUCAUCAAUAAGCAGGCUCAGGAGCUAUUGCACUUCACUGACGAGGACUUGAACCUUCUCGAGCUCUUUGCGGUUAUUGUGGCUCCUCAGUUUGAGAAGUCUGAGUUUUCCAUUCUCAGCUCCGUCAACAAGAGCACUGAGGCCGGUUUAGCCUUCGAGAACCUUGACAGUAAGUACUUGAACAAUGUAAAGAAUUUCAUUGAGCAGUCGAUCAUUGAAGAGGAUGACAAUAAUUUAAUAGAUUAGCAAUGUAAUGGUCUUCUUAAUAUAUUUU